GCGAAAGGGAGAUUCGGUAUCGAAUAUAAAAAGUUCAGAGUCUUCAAUGGAAAAUGGAAUUAUGACCAAGAUCUUCAAGCGAUAAGGCAAAGCACCAACUUUAGCAUUACAGGGCGGCGGGAAUUUUUUUCUAUAUCAUACUUUUAUACACUCAAAAACAUCAUGGCCCAGAGUACUCCCAGCUUCACGCCCGCAUGGCGACAGACUGUUACUUUGGCACAGGCUUUCGCCUACAAGACUGAAGACAUCAAGAAGUUCGUGGAUGAUGUUGCGGACCAUGCAGGCGAUAUCUGGGCAGCAACUGGCAAUGUUGGAGAUGCGAUCAACCUGGCGAGAGCCGCACAGGAUCUAUCUGCCGCUCUAUGGAAGCCUGAAGUAAAAAAGGAUGGGGAGGGAAAGCCAAUUCCACCUCCAGAGCCAAAGGGUCCACCCCUCACUACUGUCUUGUAUCCAACAGACCUGCAGGAUGAUCGCUUGUUGUUUGACUGGAACGGAAUCAAGAUUCGCUCAACCACAAUCUACGACACGCUGGCUUACGUCCUCUCUGUCACUGGUUAUCUUCCUCAAGAGCCACAGAAUCCCGUGAGGGACUAUUAUCUGCCCUUAGCAGCGGUAUACGCCAACUGGUGCUACAAAUUGGGAGUCGAGCUCAAGGACAGCACUGGUACAUUCAACUACCAUAUAUCUUGGUUCGACAGUAAAAUUGCAGCCCGACCAGGCAGAAAGGUUCUAUUGGGCUCAACCAUUGGGAAAAAUCAACAGUUUCGCGACGAUAUCAAGAAUGCCAGAGCUGCUGUCUUGAAAGGUCUCGGCUAUACAGUGCCGCCUCCAGCGCAAGACAAAAGCCAGAAUUUCGGAGGCUGUUGCGAGACCAGCUUCUUCAUCUACGCAAAACAGGCGGAUCCGAUUGAGAACUCUGCGUCGGGAUUUGCUUUGUAUUUGGACGACUUCACCAAUCCGGAGCGUGAAACGUACAAUGUGGCCAAGUGGGCUGCUCAGAUCAGGAAUCCAUGUGCCCAGUCCUGUCAAAAACUAUUUGGACAGAUUGGAUGGAAGGGAAACUCGACAUUCAAAGCAGACGUGCAUAAGAAGUCGGCAUUGUCAUAG